AACGCUUCUCAUACGAGAACGCGUGAAAAUUUCUCGUUUCAAUAUUUUUCACGCAUUAAAACGGCACACAUAAAUACAUACAUAUGUAAAUAAAGACACAUCGCGCGCAUCUACAAAAAUACAAAUUCACGCAAGAAAAUUUUCUAAAAAGUAAAACGCACGCAAAAACGGGUUCAUUUUAUUUUUGGAGUAAAAAUUAAGAUUCAAUUAAAAAAGGGUGAUUUAUGGUUUCAUAAUUUUAUUAUAAAAUAACCAUAAGCGAGUGUGAUAACCAUCGAGUGCAAGCAAUAUAUUCAAAAGUCAGCAAUUGCAAGCAGUCCUUUCAAAGUCAAAUUGGUUGUCGAUUUACGUCAUCAGCGCCUGUUGAUUUUUAGCUUUCGGCUUUCCACACGUUUUGCUGCUCAGUCUAACCCAAAAAGCGGAGACAAACGUGCGCGUGUGCUAUUGAAUUGAAUAAAAGUUGAAAGUUUUGUGUGUAAGGAAAAAGAAAUACGUUUCACUGUAUUGCUUUGUAUAUACAUAUCUGUAUAUAAUUAUAUAUCUGUGACACAAAAAUAGAACUGCUUCAGUGACAUUGCGUAUGCAAUAAUUGCAGCGCAACUACAGCAACAAAAACAAGCAAAAGGAUAACAGCAGAAACCACAGCUUCAACAGGAAAAAUGGUGAAAAAUAGGCGUUUUGAAAAAGCUCCUCUUAUCGGGACGCGACAUAUACAAUGUUUCCUUUGUUUUUGUUGCUUAUCAAUUUGUUAUGCGUUACGUGUCAACCUCAGUGUGGGCAUUGUGGCAAUGACAGACCAAAACUCCACGAAUAGUGAUCAAAAGGUAUACGAAUGGCAGGAGGACACCAAGUCAUAUGUGCUAAGUAGCUUCUUCUGGGGUUACAUCGUUACCCAAAUACCUGGUGGACACAUCGCCCAAAAGUAUGGCGCCAAAACGCUCCUAUUGAUUGGCAUUACGCUCUGCUCCGCGCUUACGCUACUCACGCCCUUGGCAGUUGAAAUUGGUGGCUGGCAAUUGCUGUUUGCCUUGCGUGUUGUACAAGGUCUGCUACAGGGUUCCGUACACCCAGCGACACAUGCUAUGCUAGCCAAAUGGGCGCCCGUCGAAGAGCGCGGCAUGCUUAGCACUUUCUGUUAUUCAGGCUCCCAAUUCGGCACUGUCGUUGUGUUGGCCAUGAGCGGAGUGAUUGCUGAGUCAGCGCUGGGCUGGCCGGGCAUUUUUUACAUCUCCGGCGGUUUGGGUAUCGUUUGGGGUAUUUUCUGGCUCAUUUUCGCUGCGAGCACACCGGCGGAACAUAAAACGAUUUCACUGGAGGAACGUAAAUACAUAGAAAAUUCACUGGGUCAAGUUGAUUCAACACCACGUACAGUGGCGCCUACACCAUGGGCGAAGAUUUUCACCUCAUUGCCAUUCCUAUCGCUGAUUGUCGUCCAUUGCACGCACAUGUGGGGCUUCUGGACGCUGCUCACACAGAUACCCAACUACAUGAAGAAUAUUCUGGGUGUUGAUAUGAAGAACAGCGCGCUAUUGUCAUCGCUACCCUAUGCCGUUAUGUGUAUUCUGAGCUUCUUUUUCAUCUUCCUGUCAAAGGUUUUGGCGCGUUAUGAUAAUAUAUCGCUGUCAUUUAAUCGUAAAGUCUUCAACACCAUCGGCCACUGGAUACCAAUGAUCUCGCUAAUCGGACUUGGCUUUGUCACGCAAGGACAUGCCGCGCUCGCAGUCGUGCUACUAACACUAACAGUGGGCAUCAGUGCUGCCACAUAUCUGGGCUUCCAGGUGAAUCACAUCGAUCUGUCACCAAACUAUGCCGGCACAUUAAUGGGCAUUACCAAUGGUUCAGCGAAUGUGAUGAGCGCGCUCGCACCGCUGGCUGUAGGACGAGUUGUCACCAAUGUGACAAAUGUGGUCGAAUGGCGUAUCGUAUUCUUCAUUGCUGCCGGUUUCUACUUCGUCGGCAAUUUGCUUUUCAUCAUAUUUGGCAAAACCGAAGUGCAAAGUUGGAAUUCUCCUGAAGAUGCGUUAGCCAAACGAUUGAAUGUGGUGGACGCUGAAUCGCCAGCGCUGCUGCAAAAUGGCGAUGCGAAAAAGCCAACAAUCACAGCAAUCACAAAGAAUGGCACGCAAUAGAGCAAGCUUACGCGGACAGCGCUCUGGUCCUUUACUAUGUAGUAGUUGUAGUUCACUAAGCACACAGAAGACCUCCUAGUUCAUAAGCAAUAGGUGUAUGUUAAAGUUCUUAUGAAUGAUUCCUGACGUGCGGGCAACGCAGUAUGUUGUUGUUUUUGUUGCAAUAGCAUGCGUCCUGCGAUAAUUUUAUUUAUAUUAUUUUUUAAGUGAUAUAACAAUAUUUGUAGAUAGACGUUAGAUUUUCUAUAUAAAAAUGCGAGUAAGAGCAACACCGAUAUAAGGUGCUCCUGCUCGCUUGUACAUACAAACAUAUGUGGUAAAUAUGUAGUUAAGCUAGCAACGUACGUUAAAGGGUGCUUCCUGUGCAAUAGAGCUCAAUUAGUAAUUUGUUUAGUCAUACAAAUUCUAGGAGAUGUCAAAAAGUUCGCACAAUGGAAUUUUUGUGUAUUUUUGUUUGGAUCUACAUACUUAGCGACUUAAUACAGUUAUGAAUACUAAGUUUCCGUCGAAUUGGUGCAUUAACAUUUGAGUUAUUAAAGAAUAAACAAAUCAAUCGGUAGCAGGCAUCAACUGAGGGGACAAUUGAAUUUCGUGCCAUUACUAAAUUCCGCUCAAAACAAGUGCCAAACACCACAAUCUAGAAAAUAUUUCAUCUGCCUAUGGGAACUCUUUGCACUCUCUUCCAUCUGUAAAACAAUGAUUCACAAGUGGUAGGAUGUAUUCAAGCACGCUAGAGGGUGAAGUGAAGGCGGUUAACAGUCAGGUGGGGCGAUUGAAGGACCACCAUAAAAAAAUUCGAAAAAAAAAUUAUUUUCACACCCCUUUCACUUUAUUCUGCGAACUUUUUGGCCUCUCAUCGUAGGUCAGUCACAGUUGAGCUUCCAUUGCCAGCGCAGUGAAAUUUGGCAAACAAUAAAGUCAUGCGCACACACGCGAUAUUAUACUUUUAAUUAAAUAAUUAGAUAAGAAAAAAAACAAACAAAAUAUAUUUUUUAUGUAAUUUAAACCAAAUAAUGACUAAGAAAUUUUUAAUUACAUUGUGUACAGUAUUUGAUUAAAGUGAAUGUUGAAACUUGAAUUUAUUUGAUGAAAUUAUUGAAUAAUUGGCGAGUGUUGAACGAGAGAAUGUUACCAAGUACCCUAGUACGAAUGAAAGCUGAUAAUGCUGUUUAUAUUUUUCUAUUAUUCAUAACAAAUUGCAAUAAUAACAAUGAAUUUUAGAACACUUACAAGUGGAAAUGCAUUUGUUGCAUAAUUGAAUUUAACUCUUGACUGGUUGGUUUGUUUAUUUGAAAAACGCAAAAAUGUAAUUUUUUUAAUACAUUAUCUGUACUAUCUCUAGAUUGCGUAAUACGCAAAUAUGCCAUCAAUGCACUUGAAACAAUAGUAGACAACAAAAAUUAUGAGUUUAGUUUUUCUAUAAAAGCGAUUAGUCAAGUGUUUAUAGAACAACUUAUGGAAUCGUUAAAAAAUAUCUAGUAACAUUAAGUAACAGUCGCCUUCACACGGGUAUCUGUGAUCUGUGUGCAGAUACCUGGCUUACUGUAGUCAUGCAUGUGCAUGAAGCUGUCAACCAGUGCCUAGACUUGAGUGCCUUAAGCGUUCCAUAUUGACAAUAUUUUGCCACUAUUUGCAGCGGCCAAAUGGAAUUUUGUUUAGUACGACUUAGAUUUAAUAGGCUCUAAAUUGUAAGUUGUUACAUUGAAACAAGUUGAGUAUUUGUUAAAUUUUUUUAAGCUUCAAUAUUCUAUUUUUUAUGAUUGAAAUGAGAGAUACAUAUGAACCGUUUGUUUCGGAAGUGGUGUAAGUUAAUUUUUUAAUGAAAUUGGAAAUUAUAUAAUUUUAAUAUGAAUAAAUAAUAAUAAACGGCAGUGAUGAUAUUUAAAAAAAUCAUAAACUUUGCUAAAUCGCAAUAAUAAAAACUGAAAAUUUUAAAAGUAAACCUUUUUAAUGCUGAGAAUGUAUGGCAAUACUUAAUUUUUUUUUUUUGUU